AGAAAAUAUUAAAUAGCAAAUAUGGCGUCGUCCGUAUCUUGUCAAUAGGCUAUUGUUGAUAAAAAAGUAAAUAAAAAUGUUUUCGUGUGUUUUAAACGUAUUUUUGAGUACAAUUACCUUUUUAAUCAUAUCACAUACAUGCAUCUGCGAACUCCCAACACCUGCGUCCCUCUACCUGUACAGUCCUGGUGAGGUGGAGUACACGGAGGUGAUCGUGCGGAGACUCCACGACAACCUCACGCUGCUGUGUGAACUCCGAGGAGACAUCUCGAAGCGGGACUAUGUGUGGAAUUUCGUGCCAGACAACGGGACUGACGGAGGGAGCCCGCAGCCCCUACUACCAGUGCCGGAGCUGCCUCACCGCAGCAAGCUGGUGAAGCUGAACCUGACGGCGGCCGACAGCGGCCGCUACAUGUGCUCCGCGCCGCCCUUCAGCCAGAGCAAGUACAUACUGGUCCAGACCGCCGCGUCGAAGCAAUGCGCGCGCGGCGCGUUCUCGUGCGGACAGCGGUGCGUGCUGCCCGCGUACGUGUGCGACGGCCGCGCCGACUGCGUGCGCGCGGAGGACGAGGCGGCGGCGCUGUGUCGCGCGCCGCCCUGCGCCGGCCCGGACAAGCUGAACUGCUCGAGCGGGCGCUGCGUUCCCGCGGCCGCGUGCUGCGCGCCGCGCGCCGCGCUGUGCACGCAGCCGCGCUGCUGCGACGAGCACCCGCGCUACUCGCGCGCGCACGCAACGUUCGACGACUUCCCCCUCCCCCCGGAGGACAGACACGCGCCCGACGACUACGGCUUCAUACAAUCCACCAUUUAUACCGUCACCGCGUGCGCGCUGAUCUUCAUGAUAGCGGUGGUGCUGCUGGUGUCGGCGAUCUGCAAGAUGCACAUGAAGCGCGCGGCGCUGCGCAGCUACGCGGCGGCCGAGCGCGCGCGCCGCCACGCCGAGUGUGGACAGCCGCACCGCUUCCCGCCGUGCUACGAGGCGGCGCGGCUGCUGGAGCCCGCCGCGCGCUCUCCCUCCAGGGGCCCCUUGCAGUGCGCGGUGGAGGCGCCCAACUCUCCGGACGCGGGGUUCGGGCUCGGGAGACUCUCCGAGAUAUUCUCCUCGCGGUACCGACAGGUCCCGAGCGAGUGCCUGGAAGUGGAGAUGCAAGCAGUCCGGCCCCCCUCGCUGUCCAGCUCCCCGGCGAGACAGGCGUACAUCGACUCUGAGUUCUACUUCACCAGUCCCGAGGGAUCCCAGUGUGGGAGGGAGCUCAAUAGCAUGGCAACACCAGUGGAAUUCUUCAGACGGCGCGCCCUCCGCCGGAACACACUCGAGCGGGUGAUGGACCGAAUCGGUGAGCGCCAGAGACCAUUUACCUUACAAUUAGGGAGAUUCCAGCUCAGCAUCCCGAAGUUCGGACGGAGAUCUUCGAACGACCGACGGCCUGACACACCCAACGUUGCUGAGAUCGACAUAGACGAUCUAGACUUCGUCAGGCUGAAUUCGAACGAUACUUAUACUUUAAAUGGUAGGACUAUACGACUUUUAGGCGCCAAUUUCGAGAAUUAUCCCGUUCUCCCGGAUGGCUCCGUCAGGCCGCCCCCGUACACGGAGGCUAUGAGGUAUAAACUGUAUGGACCACCGCCGGAGUAUUUAAGUAGAGACGGUUUGAACGGCCAAAACAACAAUGUGGACGAAGAAGCGAGAAACAACGUCGAAAUGCCGCCGAAUUAUGACGAGUUAGGCGAGAACAAUGUGGCUGGUACCAGCGGUAUUAAUAACGUACCUAGUAUCGUACCUAGUAUGAGUACGGAUACCUUAAGCGAUUACGUCAUGGGCACAAAUGUUCCUAUAACAGUCACAAGUCCACAUACCAGUUCUGGUAAUAACAACGAAGCUGUUACUUCGGUUAAUAAUAAUAAUGGGAAUACCUGUUCCGAUACGCCGGUACCCAGUACGAGUAACAAUAACGUAGUGGAGUCAAUCAAGGCGGUCAUAGACAACCUCCCAGCUAUAGACAGCGACGUGAACGCGAACGAAGCCGAAGCUUAAAGCAUGUCAUUUCGAUAUUUGACAUUGUCAAAUUGUGACAGAUAGUGAGAAACGUUGACAAUGUUUAAUGACAUUUUCGACUUUGAACGAUUUAUUAUGUUCAGGGUGUAUCAAAAUAUCGAUAUACACACGCAGUGAUAAGAUUAUAAGACGGUACCUUGGGUAAAUCCUUUAUACGAAGUUUCAAGUUGAUUUUAACCUUUUUUAAAAGGGCCCCCUCGUUAGGUUUUUGCUUUGCGGUAGUAAGCCGAAGUAAGCUACCGAAUCUUUACACUUAAUAUAUAUGUAUAUAGGUAUAUUUUCUUGCACACAAGUUCUAUACAUACAUAGGUACAGUCAACAGCGCAUCAAGUGCAUUAUCAACCCUACGGCGCGGUAACAGCGGCGAGUUUGCAUUGAAUAUGUGUAGGUUGAUAUGCUGUUAACUGUACUUAGGUUUUAAGAUAAAAAAAUAAUUAGGGCUUGGUAAAAUAGCUUUAUUUCACUCGGACAUUUUAACGCAGUUGCGUCCAUGAAGUGGCCAUUUAAAUACAUUUAAUGAAUUAGCCCGUGGAAGAAAUAAUUUAUAAAAAAAACUUUUUUUUUAUUAUUUUCAUUUGUCAACCUGUCACAAUCUGACGUUGUCACCUGUCAAACUUUAGUCUAGUGCCUUAGUGUUAGUUGUUUAGUUACCACACUAUGUAUAGAUAGGAGGGUCAAUAUAGUGCUCAGACAAACUGCUGGCUGAUAACCAAACAUAUCCUGGCAGUAACAAGAUUCUCAUCUCAUAAGUUUGUCAUCUCCAUAAUUAUAUUUAUUUUUCUAUGUAUUUCCUUAAUUGCUCAAAUUUUAGUACAUCAUAACAUAAGAUAUUCCACUUAAUAUUUUUUUUAUACCAUAGAAGUAGUGUUAUAUUUUCUUUUUACAUAAUUUAUUUUCAAUUUUUUUUUAUUUCUAUAUUUAUUUAAUUGGCAAUGGCAAAUACCUUGAUUCCGGCGACCACGUCAUUACGAACACAUUCGAAAAAAUGCUAACAGUUUGUCUAAAUACUAUACGCCUCUCACUGUAACACUACAACGACGCCCGUACACAGCACGCAGCAUAUUAAAAACACGAAAACAACGUUGGUAGUAAACACUCAACAGACUUAAGAAAGAGAUAUCGCGAUUGGAUUUGCCACUAGAGGUGCUGAAGACCGAACAGAAGAACAAACACGUAGUACGUUAACGUCCACAUGCUGUCUCUUUUUCACAUAUCGUGUACGCAUCGUGUAGAAAAAUUAGGACGUGUGGCAACGACGUGCUACGUGUUUUAUGAUUCAUCGUAGCUGAAUAAAAUCGGACACCAGUGUUAGCUUGCACACACGAUGACAAGAAUAAAAGAUAACCUUACUUAUCCAGUGUUGCCGUUUACAAAAUAUUACAAUACAUUUAAAAAGCGGCAGUAACCUUUGGCUGGCUUUUAUCUAUUCUCUGAGACUGUUGGGUUUACUUUCCAUCGAUUAUUAUAAUAACUAAAAAUACAUUUUGACACUUCGUUUUGUCAACGUCAAAGUAGCUUUGACACUUUGUUAUAUCAAUGUCAAUGUGACAUAUAACACGUAUUAGCGGGCGAAAAAGUUGCCAUAAAACCAUAGUGAUACUCAUUUGUAUAUAUUUAUUUUUUAUGUUUAAUUUAGUUUAUUGAUAGUUGAUUUUAAGUGAUAUUCGUUUUAAGAAUCAUGUUUACUUAAAUCAUGUUAUUAGUUUGAUAGUAGUGAUGUCACGUGUCGCCAGUACUUCGAUGGAAUAAUACUAUGAAAUGAAUACGUUUCGGAAUGUAGAGCAUAUAAUAUUUGGACAACCCCUUUGGCAAAGUGUAUGAAGAGAUAUCAAGUGUGUAAGUGUCGAUUUGUUUAAUAAAUUAUGCUCCCCUGUUCCUCUACGGUUUUUGGUAAAACAUAAAGAAUGUUUCAGCUGUAAUAUUAGUUAUAUAAAUUUACCAUGCACUUCAUAUAAACAUUUGAAAACAAUGCUAGUAGUAACGGUAUUUUUCAAAAGUAAGUCCGCUUUGCCAAGGGGGCAAUGUGUUGUGUCAUAUUGUCCCACCGCGCCUCUCAACUUGCCUAAGUUUUAAUGUAUAAAAAAGUCACGGCCUAUAUUCAAGAUCAUAUUAAAUUAAGUCAGUUUUCAAAACUGUAUGUUUGCGUCACACACACAUAUCUCGUGAACCCUAGCACAAUAAUUCGUGGUUGUUGUAUAAUUAUAUGACAUGUUAUAUAAUAAUUAUAAAUCGAAAGUUGCAGAUUUUGUAAUGUUAAUAGAAUUGUUUAAACAAAAUCAGGUAAAUGUUUUGUUUUAGCAGUAAUUAUAUUUACAUAUACAACAAAAAUACUGUGGCCAUACCUAGCCGCACGCUAGCACCUUCAGAGUUUUAUCAAUUUAUUUUAUUUCUUUGCAAAAAAUAAAAAUGGAUUCUAUAAUAAUAUCUAAAAAACUCUUUUAUCUAGUACAACAUAAUUUGAAUAAAUUAAUGAGUGAUUUAUAUACUUUCACGUAUAGAAAAAUAAUUUAGCAGUUGUCCCCACACUGGCCUGUUCAAGCCUGUGGCAGCCAAAAACUAUUAACAUUGUUGAUAAAUCCAAUAGUAAUAAUAAUUUGUUAAGAUAAUUUUUUAUGUUUUAGAAAU